CUAGAGUGGCGUCAGCAGCAGUGCUUGAGAACAUUACUAGUACUUCUACAGCCUGAGCUCUGGCUCUAGUUACUAGCCAUGGAAUCCAACCCAUCAAUUAGCAUAUCGACAAUACGAACUUUGCACGUUCCUCAAGAAGUAUUGGAGAAUAUCCCAGGACAUUCCCAGCCGUCAUCACCACGGUCAAGCGCCCUAGCGACUUCCCCAAACAGCCCUUCUGAGUCGGUAUCCUCAUUACCUUCCGUCGGCUCUUCAUUCUUCUUUUCUUCCGCGGCUGCCAGUCCACCGCGCUUCCAGCCUCAGUCUAAUCACUAUGCACGGGAUUCUAGUACACAGGGGCUUAUCAUACCGUCUCUGACCCUACCAGCUCCAUUGCGUUGUCCCACUCCUUUUGGAAAAACCCUUGGAGACCUGAGGUUGCUAGUCGUAGGAAAUGGUGCUGAUGACCGUGAGCUGGUAUCCAAUAUACUCUUGGACGACAACGAAGAUGUUGUGGAUAUUAGUGGAUGGGAGGAUUUCGAAUACGGUUCGAUUUUAAGAGCAUCCACAGAUUGGAUCGAGCAUCGAGAUGCCCACGGACUUGAGAAGUUCGAACCUGCAAAGAAUGUCGAGAUAAUAUCCAUCGCACGACACGAGUUCGAUGAUAAUUUAACGAAAUCUUCCAUAUUACCUGUUAUCCAGUCGCCAUUUCACUCAGUAUCUGAAUUAAUUGAUCCCCGAUGUCAGGCAUCUGCUGCUCUGGCUAACUUAAUUGCAUCACCGUGGUCGCCAUUGCAUACCGCGCUCAUUAUCCUAUCCAGCUCAGGCCCGUCUACUUCUGAAGAUGGCCCCAUCGACUUACUUACUCCACAUAUCCCUGUCAUACUCAUGCGUCGUGGUCCAGAUCAUACACAUUUCCCUUCGCGCCCCCACAUGUCUUCAUUCAGGCCACGUUCAACAGCUGCUCUUCGGAAUGGCCUUUUUCGCUCACCAGAGACGCUUUCUUCACUACGAUUUGAGGCGGCGGAGCGCUUCCUUCGCUGGCGUGAAGUCGAGUGCGCCGUAGAGGGAAUAAACGCCUCCCAUCGAGAAACUGUUUCCCUGUCUUCCAACGCACCUUUAUGGAACAAGGCGAAAUGGGAAGCAGAAUGGGGAUCUCGAUUGUCCCAGGAUGUCGCUAUCUCUUGCGAGCGCGAAGACCCCGUGAGGGUUCCAGAGCAGCAGUGCUUUGAUCCACUGCACUUAUCAUCACUAAUUUCGUUCUCUUUGUGCCUCCUUGAUCCUGCGACGAAAUUGCUCAGCAGGAGCGUUUCUACGUUUGUCGAUAAGUUGGCAGACAGCCAGGUCAGGAUAGCAAUGGUGGGCAGUUUAUGUUUGGGAAUUGGGAUCGGGAUGAUGAUACGAUGAGGGACGGCAUUUCAGAAGGCAGUUAGUUUGUCAUGAGGAGCGUGCGUUCGCUUGAUUCUCGUACACAUAUUUGCGUUAAAUCGUAAUAUCCGGUUCAUUUUACUAUUACUUACUUACUGCGCAUCUAUUAGUGGUAGUUGGAGUGCACGAUUCAGAGACAAAUCAGCGCGAUUCAGAGGGGGUUCAGCGAU